AUGUCUAAUAGUAUUUCAUCAUCAAUGCAUGUGAAUUCAAGUUCUUCACUAAGAACUGUAAACACACGGGAUCAUCAAGAGAUGAUUGUCAAGGAAAAUUCUGAAGAUCAAACAGUUUUGCAGGUUAAUGUUUCAAUUCAAGCUUUGGAUUCUUCACCGUGUGGAGGAAGAGGAGGCGGUGGUCGUCAAUAUCGGGUUAUCCGACGUGAAAGAUCCCGAUUACCCGGUAACAACAUUAACCUAAACAUAAAAAGAUCUCACUCAGGAGCUAGAAGUUCAUCAACAAAAAGUCAACAUGGAUUGAACACGUUGGUUUCAAUUCCCCCACCACUACCACCACCAUCACAAGAAAAUGGGAGACACAAGGAGAACAUUUUAAGAGGCAGUUGCCCUGCCUCCCUCGUUGAUUCAACAAGACCUCAGAGAAGUGCUACAUCUACUUAUGAUUGGGAUCAGAAUUUGCUGCCCACUUCAGCAACUGAUUUGCCUGUUCUUAAUGAAGAAAAUGAAGCUCGAAAUUUGCUAAAAGGACACAACCUUGGGUUAGGUACAAAUGAAUGUUUGGGAACUAGCUCACUCAUAAAGGGACAAAACAUUCAUGGCUCCCAAACAAUCUAUUCAUCGGAAGUCCGAACUACUAUUGCUGGAUCUCAUAAUGAAGUUGGCAGCUCCCAAGCGGCAAUGAGCCGAGAGGUUAUGGAUUUGGUUCUCAUGUAUCGGGACUUUUUAGAUUCCUUGCCUGAAGUUGAAAGUGGGUUGGAUGAGGGUCAAAUAGAUAAAGCUAUUGAAGAUUUGAAAACCUUGCUAGAACCUCCUCAACAAAUGAACCCAAUUUCAGGAAACUCCCAAAUUGUUCUCUCUCCUCCCUGUCACAAUCCUUCGAAAGAUUCUCAUAGUUCAAUCGAAAGUAAAAAUAAUAAUGCUAAAAGCAAGCAAGAAGAAAGAGAAGGAACAAGCAAGGAUGCAACAACAUUGGCGAAUGCGGAAACCAAAUUGAAUUCCGAGGUGGAAUCUAGUUUUUCUGGCCUUGUUCCAUUCUUGAUGAAUGACGAGUUUGAGGAUCUAAUUAAAUGGCCUGACCCUGAUUUCCUUAGCUAUUCUGACCCUUACUGGUUUGAUCCUUGA